GGGCUAUAAAUUGAGACUAAUGUUUAUGAAAACAUUUGCGAUCAUGAAAAAUAAGAAAAAUCUAGGGACUGGAUAUUAUGACAUGCAUGCAGGGACAUCAGGACUGUCUGUGCCAUGCCCAUGAUUGAUAGAAUAGAAAAGUAAUCAGAUUUUGAUGAAAAUUUUAGCGUUUUGCUACGAUUGGGUACCUAUAGAGCACACAUGACUAAUACACAAUACAGAACAUAAUAAAUGCAUAAAUAUCUAAAAGGAUAGAUAUUUUCCUAAAUUAGCACGGGGGAAAUUGAUGUAGGAUUUUUUUUAUUUAAAGGCCUAGGCGAUUGCAGGCCAGAUCCCCACACUUUGCACCCGGUACCAGCGUAGAUUAUAUAGUAAAGGUAAUUAGUGUCCAUCCAAUGGCAAUGCGUCAUUUCGGAUUAUGCUAAUAAGCCAGCCCGACGUACGCUGGUCAAACGCGCGCUGUUCAAAUGAUCGAUCGGUUUGUCAUAUAUCCAUUCGUACAGCUAAAGUUUACGCACCGUGAUUUCGUCUCGACUAUAAAAUAGUUUCAAAUUCAGACACCGAUUUGCCACAAUUAUUGUUACUAUAACGAGUCGCCAAAUUUUUAUUAGUGGAUUGAUUGUUGAAUAAUUUGAUUACCGUAGUGUAACUGUGUUACCUGAACAAGUACAACUUACAAGUUCUACGACUACGCUCGGGAUCGCGAGGCCGAGGCCCAGGUGUAUCGUCUUGGCUCUAACUAAGCCUCUAGACAAUUUGUUUGUAAACAAUGGAACAAGACCGUUCAGCCAAGGCCACCAGCACGUGGAGGCUCGGGAAAUCAGGCGGGGCCGGGGGGUCGUCGUCUGACUGCAACUCCAGCGCCGGUUCAUCAGGGAGUGAAGGCACUGAUGGUGUUUUUGUUUUUGUCAAUGGAAGAAGAGCUCAGUCGAAGCGGACGGGGAAGGUGUUUGGACAGCUCACAGGGAUCAAGAGGAACUCUGAUGUCUUUGAGAUGAGAACUUCAGAUGGAGCAUCACUUAAGAUGCCAGUCGGUGACCUAGACACAGAUUCUUUAGGUGAGGAGUUUGGUGUGGAUCUGGACAAUCUCGAGGGGAAUUUGCAACCUCUUCUCCAUUCAACACCAUACCUGAAGAAAAGAAGCAACUACCAACAGCGGAAGCGUGUGAAAUCAUCCAGGAAUGCUUCCAAACCUGAUAACAAGUAUAAAGGAUGCAUUCAAGUACCCAUCUCCUUGAUACGAAAGGCACCACCUGGCUAUACCCUAGUCACAAGUAACCCUGCAAAAGUCGAGUCUUUUAAAUCAGAACUGAGAGCAAACCCACACCAUCAUAUUCCAGUUCUACCUGUGAUGGUGCACGAUGAACAUUGGAUGAAGGAAAACGGAGAGGAUGCUGAAUACUUCUUACUAGGUGGCUACAGCUUGUGGGAGGCAAUCGUAGACCUGGCUGACAAUGAAAGGUUUGCUCACUACAACAGAUGCAUGGUCAACGUUCAUGCUGGACUUAGUGAAGUUGAGGCUCUGGAAGUGGGUGCUACUUUUCAGCAACACCAAAGUCUGUUAAGAGAUGAAGUUCCAGACCUUGAAGGAAAGGUGAAGAUGUGUCGUAGGCUUUUAUUCACAUUGCACGACUUAGAUGAAGAUUUGGAUGAACCACCGUCUACCGUCAAAGAUGACUGGAGGAAGCAGGCUGCUGCUGCUCUUGGUUGCAUGUCAUCACCAUCUGUUGAUGGAAGGAAGCCGCUGGAACCAUUAUUUCAGCUCGCUCUUUACAGCAGACGCUGUUACUCCAAGUUAACAAGGCUGUUUGCGAUUCAUUUGGAGAACACAGGGAAACCAAUGAAGAUAUCUAUAUUCUUACAGCUGCAAGGAAUGACGGAAAGUGAGCGUUUCAACCUCUUGUCGAGACUGGUGGCUGGAGAGCUGCAGCCGAAAGAAAUAAAGGGGGAGGCCCUCAAGAUAAAGCGUAUGGCACUACUCCAGCGAACGAUGAAGACACUUACUAAAUCAAAAACCUGGGAAGAGUGUGUGGAGCGCUAUCCAGUGCACACUCAAAACUCUGCACUAGAGCAGUUUCUUGGAAAGGACAUGAGGAAGUCAAUUCCACAAGAAUUUGUGAACUACAUCCGAGAGGCGGAGGAGACUAUGGAAGGAGAGUACACAAGUUUGGAAGAACUACAGACAAGUCCUGUAGUUCUUACUGUAAUCGAAGCGAAAUCAACAAAGGGAUUGAAACAGCAUGUAAAGAAGGUGAAGGAAGCAACUAGUCAACUGGCAGCAUUGACUGAAAACAUAACAACCGCUGCUGAGUGGAUAUCACACAUGAAAAGAAGUGGUUUUAAGAUAGUUUCAGAAUCAGUUGUUGUAAACGAUUCAAAUGCUCGGCAUUUGAUUGUUGGAGGACAACAGGAUGUGCCUGGACUCCCAAAAGUUAUACAGGAGAGUUCAUGUUACAGAAUACUCCUGGAGACUUACACCAAACCACAGGAUGAAGUUGCAUGUUUCGUCCAAAAUACAGGUACUUUUGACGAUGAAGCAAGAUCAAUGGAGAGAGUAUCGAGGAGGCUCUGUUGGUUCCUUGGAGACUCAAGUCGUGAAGAAUCCCUUCCUUCAAAUUAUAGUUCAGAUGACUAUGAAUUUAUAGAGUAAUUAUAACUACCAGGUAGUCAGGGUUGAAUUUUCGCUUGGCAUGCAUGCUCAUUGUUUUGAAAGUUAACAUGAUUUUACAGACAUUUGACCAUUGAUUCUUUAAACCAUGAAAAACAUAAUUAGCCUCAAAAUUAGUGUAGAAUCCAAGGUUUUUGAAAAGCUUCUGUCCUUACUUUUGAUAGUGGUCAAUUUCAUUUUCAGGCACCAGUCUUAUGAAGAGACAUCAUAGCAACCAGUUUAGAUGCUCAGGAAUGCUAUUUAGGGGACAAUGACAUGAAUAUCUUGUAGCAUACACGUGAGAUAAAUUUAUUUAUAUAUUUCUAUCUUGCAGCGUACCCAUGAGAUAAAUU